GGAGCGUGGGGUCGGUGGCUGCUGGGCGGGCGGGGCGCAGGCCGCGGGGCCGGAUCCGGGGGGGAGCGAGCGAGCGGAGGCGCGGAGGCGCGGAGGACCCGAUUCACUCGCUGGGGAGAUCUAUGGGCCGAAGCCGUGUAAAUGCGUUUUAAGCAGGGGCCUCGGCUCCGCAACUGCCACUCCUCCUCGGGGUGUUGCACAAGUUUCGAGGUCACCGGCGACCCCCCCUAGCAGUGCGCCUGGCUCUGGCCCCUGUGAAGGAGGACGGGGCGUGUGUGUUGCAUACUUUCUAAGGCGGCAGCGGCAGCGGCAGCGGAGGCAGAGGCAGCGGCGGCGGCUCCAUCCAGCCCAUCGGCUCCUCCUUCUCCUCUUCCUCCUCUUCCUCCUCCUCCUCCUCCUUCUCCUCGGCAUGGCAGGCUACCUGAGUGAAACGGACUUUGUGAUGGUGGAGGAGGGCUUCAGCACCCGAGACCUGCUGGAGGAGCUCACUAUGGGGACCUCUCAGGCCUCCACGGGUGAGGUCACUGCCUUCUUCGUGGCCGACCUGGGUGCGGUAGUGAGGAAGCACUUCUGCUUUCUGAAGUGCCUGCCUAGAGUCCGGCCCUUUUACGCUGUCAAGUGCAACAGCAGCCUGGGUGUGCUGAAGGUCCUGGCUGAGCUGGGGCUGGGCUUCAGCUGUGCCAACAAGGCAGAGAUGGAGUUGGUCCAGCAUAUUGGCGUCCCUGCCGGUAAGAUCAUCUUCGCCAAUCCCUGUAAGCAAAUUGCACAGAUCAAGUAUGCUGCCAAGUAUGGGAUCCAGCUGCUGAGCUUUGACAACGAGAUGGAGCUGGCGAAGGUGGAGAAGAACCACUCCAGUGCCAAGAUGCUGCUGUGCAUCGCCACCGAUGACUCCCACUCCCAGAGCUGCCUCAGCCUCAAGUUUGGAGCUUUGCUGAACUCCUGCAGGCACCUGCUUCAGAACGCCAAGAAGAGCCACGUCGAGGUGGUGGGAGUGAGCUUUCAUGUUGGCAGCUGCUGUCCCGACCCUGAGGCCUAUGCUCAGUUCAUCGCAGACGCCCGGAUUGUGUUUGAAAUGGGCGCCGAGCUGGGCCACAGGAUGCACAUCCUGGACCUUGGUGGUGGCUUCCCUGGAGUGGAGGGUGCCAAAGUGAGAUUCGAAGAGAUUGCUUCUGUAAUCAACUCAGCCUUGGACCUGUACUUCCCGGAGGGCUGUGGCGUGGAUAUCCUUGCCAAGCUGGGACGCUACUACGUGACCUCAGCCUUCACCUUGGCAGUCAGCAUCAUCGCCAAGAAGGAGGUUCUUCUGGACCAGCCUGGCAGGGAAGCAGAGGAGACUGGUUCUGUCCCCAAGACCAUCGUGUACCAACUGGAUGAGGGCAUCUAUGGAAUCUUCAACUCUGUCCUGUUUGACAACACCUGCCCUACCCCUGUCCUGCAGAAGAAACCUUCCACAGAGCAGCCCUUGUACAGCAGCAGCCUGUGGGGCCCGGAGGCUGAUGGCUGUGACUGUGUGGCCGAGGGCCUGUGGCUGCCGCAACUACACGUAGGGGACUGGCUGGUCUUUGAGAACAUGGGCGCCUACACUGUGGGCAUGGGUUCCCUCUUCAGAGGGAUCCCGACCUGCCGCAUCACCUACGCCAUGUCCAGGGUGGCCUGGAAAGCAAUGCGAGAGCAGCCGCUGCCUGCAGAACAGGAUGAGGACGCCGAGGGCAUGUGCAAGCCUCUGUCCUGCGGCUGGGAGAUCACAGACACCUUGUGCGUGGGCCCCGUCUUCACCCCGGCGAGCAUCAUGUGAGCGGCCCCGUUCCCCCCGGAGAACCCCAGCGGGGCCACAGAGAUGCCUCUGGGAGAGGUGGGGAAGGUGGCAAGCAGGGCACUGUCUGGCCAGGACUCUGGUGCUCGCUCUGCUGCCCACCCCCCCCCCCUCCACCCGUAGUGUUUCUGCCCUGUAAAUAGGACCAGUCUUACACUCGCUGUAGUUCAAGUAUGCAACAUAAAUCCUGUUCCUUCCAGCUGUGUCCGCCUCCUCUGCAGCGCCAAGGGGCUGGUCAGCCAGGUGUGGGGUGUUCUCAGGGUUUCCCCCUGGUCUCCUUCCCACUUUUGUAAAUAUGAUGCAAAUAAAUAUUUAGGUUUUUAAAUA